UUCGGAGGAGCCCGAGUUCCUGAUGGCUCAGCGACUUCUCCUGAGGAGGUUCCUGGCCUCCGCCAUCUCCAGGAAACCCCCUCAAAGUCGGUGGGCACCCCUCAUCUCCAGGGCUCUGCAGACCCCACAACACAGACCUGGUGACCUGGCAAUAACACCCAGCCAAGCCCGGCCGUUACACACCACCAGAGUCUGUUCAACAACCUUUAACAUCCAGGACGGACCCGACUUUCAAGACCGAGUUGUCAACAGUGAGACCCCAGUGGUUGUGGAUUUUCAUGCACAGUGGUGUGGUCCCUGCAAGAUCCUGGGGCCACGGUUAGAGAAGGUGGUGGCCAAGCAGCAUGGGAAGGUGGUGAUGGCCAAGGUGGAUAUUGACGACCACACAGACCUCGCCAUAGAGUAUGAGGUGUCAGCUGUGCCCACCGUGCUGGCCAUCAAGAACGGGGACGUGGUGGACAAGUUUGUGGGCAUCAAGGAUGAGGAUCAGCUGGAGGCUUUCAUGAAGAAGCUGAUUGCCUGACAAGCAGGAAAGAACCGUGACGCUCUUGCCCGCCGGGGCCCCGGGAGGACCCUGAUAGAACUCAGUCCUGUGCAGGCCCUCCCUGCCCCCUCCCUUCUGCCUGGCCCUGAGGGCCCCUGUUCGGAGGCCAGGCCUCCAAGCAUGGAUCUUCCAGUGCUUCCAGCCCGGCUGACUGCCAGGGCGGCCGCCAGGGGCAUGGUGCUGCUGCUGACCUGGGGACAGCGGUCGCCCACACUCUCAGUGUCUGCUCCCUCUAGGGCUGUCAUGGCUCUCCCAAGGUGCUUGGAGAGAGAGCCUGGACCAGCUUGCCAUGUUCCUGUCCCCAGUAACAGCUUGUCCUCAUCUCCCGGCCCUUCUGGUCCUAACCCCAAUGCCUGGCCCAUCUGCCUCCUGCAUUUUUCUUUCCUGCUGUUUUGUAAAAAGAAACCCAAACAAGUGAGAGUAAUAUAUAAUUCUCUCAUUUU